CUACCCUUUCAUCGUUUCCUGCCGGCUAGCGGGCUGGCGCUUUAAUAAUUUAAAAAUAUUUAACGCUGUUGUGUUAUGAUAUAAGUAUAGGUAUUAGGUAACAAAGUGUUUUCAUAAAUUUUAGAAAAUAUUAUAAUUAUCUCCUGCUAUACUUUCAUUAAUGCUUCCCGAGUGUUUAAAAUAAAGCCCUGUCUUUGGGCUGCAUUGAAAACUAUGUCUAAAUCUAGAGAUUUUUCUUCGAAUUUCCACGAAAACGAUGGAUAUACUGGGGAAAAGCUUGUUUAUCCAGCAGCUACUCGAAAUCAAGACCCUAUACUGCAAGUUCUAAAGAGAUUUAUUGUGUCUGAUUUUGAUCAUAAUGAAGAUGAAAAUCAAUUAUUUUUGGAAGUUGCUUCAGGAUCUGGCCAACAUUUGGCACACUUUGCACCAAAUUUUCCUAAUGUCAUAUUUCAACCUAGUGAAGUUGAUAGUAAUUUAUUUGGUAGUAUUUCUUACUAUGCUUCAGCUUGCCCAACUAAGAAUAUUUUACAGCCAUUGUUAAUAGACAUAAGGAAAAGUUUCUCCAACUAUGGGUUUAAAGAAGAAUCGUUAGAUUAUAUGUACUCAGCAAAUCUUACACACAUAAGCCCCUAUGAAUGUACUGUAGGCUUAUUCCAAAACGCUGGUAAAUAUUUAAAGUCAGAGGCACUAAUGAUUACUUAUGGCCCAUACAGUAAAGAUGGAAUAAUUACACCACAGAGCAAUGUUGACUUUGAUACAUCUUUAAGAGCAAGAAACCCAUCUUGGGGUCUUAGAGAUAUAAAUGAUUUGAUAAAAUUAGCUGAAAAUAAUCAUGUUUCUCUUAUUGAUACAGUAGAGAUGCCUUCUAACAAUUUGACAUUGAUAUGGAAAAAAGAUUAACAGAAAAUG